AUGGGGAGGAAGCUGGACCUCUCCAAGCUAACUGAUGAAGAAGCCAAGCAUGUUUGGGAAGUUGUUCAACGGGACUUUGAUCUGCGGAAAAAAGAGGAGGAACGGCUGGAGGAGCUGAAAUGCAAGAUUGACCAGGAGAGUAGCAAGAGAGAGUUCCUGACAAAUCAAUCCCACCUCAAUGAAACUCACUGUGUCCACUGCCUCCAGCCCUUCAAGUUCCUGCUAAACAGCAAGCGGCAGUGCCUGGACUGCCACUUCUACACCUGCAAGAACUGCAGCCGCUACAACAAGAAGGAGCAAGGCUGGGUCUGCGAUCCCUGCCGCCUCUCCAGGAUCGUGAAGAUUGGCUCCCUGGAAUGGUACUAUGAACACGUGCGAUCCCGUUUCAAGAGAUUUGGAAGUGCCAAAGUGCUGCAGUCCCUCUAUGGCAGGCUGCAGCCAGGGCAGGGAGUCAACUCUGCAUUUCUAGGUCUUCAUGACAGAGUUUACAGCCUGCCAGACAUUAACAGUGAGUGCCAGCUGCUCACCAGCUGUGACGCUGGGGAUGACAGCAAUGAUGAAGCCAAUGCCCUUCGUGGAGCUGAAGCAGAGUGCUACAGCAGAAUGUGCAAGACAAAGCGCCUGCUGUCUGUCCAUCCCUUUGAUUUUGAAUUGGACUCGGAUUAUUCUGCUCAGUCUCGUCGUCAGUCUGUGCAGCUCUCACCUGCAGCCAGCAGCCCAGAUGUUUUCCAGUCCUUCUCAGAUUUCCCCAACUCAGCUGAAGAUGCCUCCCAGGACUCCAGGAUUGCAGAUGCAGAUGUGGUCUUCCAUCACGUCCUGCAAGAACAAGGACCAGGUGUGAGCCGUCCAGAGCAGCACUUCAGCACAGAGGUUCGGCUCACCGUCAAUUCACGGAGAAGGAGCCUGGAAAGAAAUCCAAAACCUAGCAACACCUGGAAUGAGCCAUCCCAGUCCCGGUACUCUGCAGAUAUGGACACCUCUGAUGAGGACAUGAAGGGAGACCAGUUCCCUGCCCACCCACCCCAUCACAUGAAACGCAGGAACAGAGCCUCCUCCCAGGAAAACAUCAGCCGCUCUGGGAACCAGGUACCAAACAGCUCAAAGAGAAAAUCAGGCACUGAUGGACUUUAUAAUCAGAUGGAGGAAAAAAUCCUGGUGCGCUCCAAUGAGUCUCCAGCCCCAGAGUCGCAAAUUGAUCCUGAUGCCGAGGAGGAGGAGUUGAAGAGGAAACUGGAGGAGUUAGCCAGCAACAUUAGUGACAAGGAAGUGUCUUCUGAAGAAGAGGAGCGUGAAGAAAAGAAGAGAGCAAAGAAACCAGAGAUGAGUUCCUCCAGUGAUGACAUGGCCAGAGAUGUUCAAAAGAGGUCAUCGGCUCAGGCUUUGAGCAAAAUCACGGCCAAAGUGCUGAGAGCCAUAAACGCCACGGAGAAAGCGGUGUGGGAGUCAUUGCAUGGAGAGAGCCAGUGCAACGGCGGCUGUGCUCUUCCUGCGGGGCAGCUUCCCAGCCUGGGUGAUGGCAAAAAGGUGGCUGAAGCAUACCGUGAGCUUGAAGAAAAUGUGUACCUGACUGCUGGAAAGACCUACCGGCUUGAGAAGACCCUGAAGGAUCUUGAGGAAGGGGCUCAGCACAGCGGCACUACCGACUCAGAGCUGUCGGAGCUGGAGGACAAAGUGGCCUCAGCAGCUGCUCAGGUGCAGCAGGCAGAGAGUGAGAUAUCGGACAUUGAAACCCGAAUUGCAGCUCUCUCUGCAGCUGGGCUGACAGUGAAGUCAGUGGAAAAGGUGAAGAAGUCAAGUGUACAGGCUGCCUGCCUCCACUCUCCUGGUUCUGCCAGCAGCAGUCUAGGGGAGUCUUUGGAUGACAUUAAAACAAUGCCCGGACUGCAGAGGUUCAGGAGGAAGUUCAACAGUCCCCUGGAAAUCACUGGUUUUGACGACUCCUUUGACCGCAACUCUGUUUACCGUGGCUCCCUGACACAGAGAAACCCCAAUGGGAAGAACAGGAGAGUGGAGAGGCUCUUUGCGAAGCCUGUGAUGACCCACCUGUCCUGA